CUUGAACAAUUAUAUAACGUAGCAGCAGCGCAUCGCGACACGCGAGUGCCGAUUCCGGCCGGCGAAGUGGAGCAUGGCCGGACGCGACCGCCGCGGGAGCCUGGCCUCGUCGUCGUCGUCGUCUGGGAGGCGCACGCCGGAGCACGAGCGGUGGGCGUGGAGCCCCGCGUGGUCGCGCCCGCUCUCCGAGGGCGGAGGACGUAGCAGCAGGGCAGCCUCGGUGAGGUCCCUGUUCAGGUCCAUCGGGAUCUGGUUCAGCUCGCUCUCCACGUCGUCCACUACAUCGGCCUCGGCCUCCAGCUCCAGGAAGAAGAAGAGCAAGGAGGAGGCCGCGCCGGCGCAGGCGGAUGACGCGAUCAAGAAGCCACCUUUGGCGGGACACACCGGGAGGCCGCCCAUCCGGGGGCUGUACAGCAGCAGCGGGCACCGGAACGGUAGAGCGUGGCGGCAGUCGUUCCAAAGCUCGGUGUUCACAAUGGAGGAGAUCCUGACCGCCACCAAAAACUUCUCCCCGGCGCUAAAGAUCGGCCAGGGCGGCUUCGGCGCCGUCUACAAGGGCGUCCUCCCCGACGGCACGGUCGUUGCCGUCAAGCGCGCCAAGAUGCGGAUGCAGAACCCUCACGUGGACGUGGAGUUCCGGAGCGAGGUGAAGAUCAUGGCGCGCAUCGAGCACCAGAGCCUGGUGCGCUUCUACGGCUACAUGGUGUGCGGCGAGGAGCGGAUCGUCGUCAUCGAGUACGUCCCCAACGGCACCCUCCGAGAGCACCUCGACAGGUGUAAUGGGCGGUUCUUGGACUUUGGGACGCGGCUGGACAUCGCCAUCGACGUCGCGCACGCGGUCACGUACCUGCACAUGUACUCCGACCACCCCAUCAUCCACCGCGACAUCAAGUCCUCCAACAUCCUCCUCACCGACUCUCUGCGCGCCAAGGUGGCCGACUUCGGCUUCGCGCGGCUCGGCGCCGGCGAGGCCACGCACGUCACCACGCAGGUGAAGGGCACGGCGGGGUACCUGGACCCGGAGUACCUCAAGACGUGCCAGCUCACGGACCGCAGCGACGUCUACUCCUUCGGCGUGCUCCUCGUGGAGCUCGCCUCCGCGCGCCGCCCCAUCGAGGCCAAGCGCGAGAUGAAGGAGCGCCUCACCGCGCGCUGGGCCAUGAGCAGGUUCAUCGACGGCAGCGCUGCAGACGUGCUGGACCCGCACCUCGCGCGCACGAUCGCGGCCGAGCGGGCGCUGGAGAUGCUGCUGGAGCUCGUGUUCCGGUGCAUGGGACCCAUCAGGCAGGACAGACCCGCCAUGAGCGAGUGCUGCAGAGCGCUCUGGGCCAUCAGGAAGAAAUACAGGGAAAUGCUCGCGGCCGAAGUCACGUCCCAGUUCUCCGACCGAGCCACCGGCGCCGACAGGAGCGGCGACCUCUGGAGGAUCUGAUCCAACUAGACACCUGUCUCCCAUACUUGCACUGAUCAUUCAAAGGCCAUGCGUCCAGCUAAUUGUUAACUUAUUUGGUUUGGCAUUGACUUUGCUGUAGAUAUAAAUGAAACUUCAUUUUAUUUCACUUUUGAUCAUCGGGUGCUAGCGCGUGGGACUCUGUCUAUGUGAUUGUUGUUGUUUCCUUUA